AUGCGUAUGAUAGUAGUAUCCGACAGGGGCUCCAGGGCCGCGUUCCUGAAUGCUUACGCUGCAAACUCCACCAACUAUACAGCAACCGCCAUCACGCAAUACGUCCAAGGCGCGUACCGCCUAACUCCCGCGUCCAACAAUACGGUCCUCUCCGCAACGCAGCAGCUGCUCUCAAAUCAGACCAUCCCCCUAUACGCUAUGGACAACGCCACUGCCCCUGUCGCCACUCUUUCGACGUUUGCGAUCGCUUCGGAGGGAAUCGACUUCCGGAUCGUGCUGGCCAAGACGGCGGACCAGCCGCGGGGGUUCGUCCCGGAAGACGACACGAAGCUGCUCGUGGGGGGGGUCGUCAUCACCUUUCCGAGAAACUACACGGCCCCGGCGAGCCUCGCCAUCGCACCGGGCAAGGUCUCCUUCUACGGCCUGUUCGUGGUUAAGAACCUGCUGGUUAACGGAACCCGCAAAGACUACCCCAUCCAAUACCAAGCGGACCAGUCGCUCACCCCCGGCAAAACUUUUCUGACGGUCCAAUCGGACGCUUUCGGCGCGGGCAACUUCGAGUGCGCGUCGACGCACCUGGAGAACGGCGUGUGGUACAUCGCGGGCAUGUUCUGGUUCAAGUAG